AUGCAGACCUACCUGGGCAACUUCAUCAAACUCCCCUACGAACUCCGCCUCAUGAUCUGGGAAGAACUCCGCCCGCACGGCCAAGACAAGACUACGGCAGGUACAGCAUCGUCGAAACAAUCCAGGCGGAUCCCAAAAUCAGGCCUUUCCAUCCUCCGCGCAAACCGAGGCCUCCACGAUGAAAUCCACCGACCCCUCUACCAGAACAUGGUCAUGGCCUUUGAAAUCUCGCCGCUAUACGAGAGAGAUGUCUGGAUCACCGCGAACUGCCGACAGGGACAAGCUGUUUGGAAGCUUCAGAACGAAGACGAUGCUGUCGGCCGCGGAUUCCUCGAUUUGCCCUACGACAGGGUUGAUGUCGUUGUUGACAUCUUCGCGCCGGAUAAUCGUGAUCAGGCUCAGUUGGUUUGUCUGUGGGGGAAGAUCAAUCGGUUCGUCGACUUUAUGGGGGGUACCCAGCGAAACAAGAAGGAGAAGAAUAUCCGGGAUAUGACGAUUCGAUUUCAGAAGAACACCAUCACGGGAAGCGACUGGUACGACUACGCCAACGAAAUGAUGAUCGUCUCCGCUAUCAACAUUGCGACCUGCGAACAUCUCCCCAUGAAAGCAUUCGACCCGAUCAACGGCAUGCACUACUACUCGAAUAGCGAUGUGGCAUUUACUCCCUUCCUGCGUCUCCGGAAUGCACAAUCGAUAACCGUGACGGCACACUCGGAGGUCCUAUACAAAGCCCUAAACUGGGACCUCAUCAACCUACGCAACAGCAACAACAACAACCCAGCAGCAGCAGAUAUGAACAUAAAAAGGGCAAACCUGCACCUAAACUACACCCUCGACCUAUCCCUCGACAUCCUCCCAAGCCAAACAGCCUCCAUGCUCCGCCUCAACCGCUUCGCAAGCUGGUUCCCCAAAGGCCACUCGGGAACCUCAGCAUACGAAACCACCCUCCUGCUCAUACUCCACGAACUACCCGAUCUAGUCCACCACUUUGACCCGCAUCUCGACAUGAUCACGUACAGACUGCAGGCGUUGCUAGCCCUGAACCCCGAACGACGGAAAUGGAAUACGCGCCGCAGACAUAGACAUAAGCAGGGGUGGAAUCCAAUGGCUUGGGCUCAAGCAUUUCCGGACGGUAUUCCUGCUUUUGGGACGAGGGGGUGGAAGAGGAUUGUUGGGAGGAUUGGUGAUUUUGAUACUGAUGGUGGUGUUGGGGAGGCGGUUUGGGGGGAUUAUUUUGAUAAGGGUGCGUUUUAUUUGAGGUUUAGGGAUGAGAUUAUGAGAUUUAGGGAGAGGAUGCAUCAGUGA